AUGCAGUGGGUUCGCUACCUGUACAUGUACUUCUUUGACUGGCAGGAGCUCUUCUAUUUUGCUGACGACCGAGGGAAGAUUGUGGCCAUGUUCCCGGAGGAGGAGCCCCACAUCCAAAAGUGGGACAAGGACUACCUGCAAGGCUUCAAGGCCAUGGUGGAUGGCUUCUGCUGGGGCCACUACAGGAUCCUUGGGCCCUUCUUGCACCCGUUUUCUCUCUCACACACAGACAGACAGACAGACACAAGUGCAACGCCUGAGGCAGAUGAGCCUCUUCAUUUCUCCUCAGUAGCAGCGGAGGAGGAGUGGGGGGAAGGGAUGGCACUAUAA